AUGUCCACGGCUUCCAAAGUGACUCUGCUGGGUACAAUCCUAGGCACUGCUGGCAUUGUAGCCUUUGUCCAUUGGGCUCAGUCCAGUGAGCAAGCUGCCAUGCACGCUGGUGUCGUGCGGGAUAUGGAGCAACAACGACUCAAACGAGAGAGACAAGCGGACUUUGAAAUGCAGAAACAACUCGAAGAAGAAUACAGAAAAACACAAACUGUGCAUGAUGGUACACAAGGAGCCUGA